AUGCAAAUACGGGGUGCCGGGACUGUCGGGAAGGUGCUGAGCCGAUGUUGGGAGGCUGCGGGUCUCAGGGCCGCAGAGGCGGAACUAGGCCCGAACCAGGGCCAGAGCCAGAGCGGGCCUGGGGCUGGUAGCAAGUGUGGGCCUGGGGCUGGGCUGGGAGCGGUGUUUGCGACGUCGCAGCUGGGGCCUUCGUUGUCCGCUGAGACGGGGAGCACAGUGCCCCUCUCCCCGUGGAGGCGCGCCAAGCCUGGGGGUGGGGCCGUCGGCUCGCGCGCGUUUCGGGUUAUCGCUUCUCGGCCUUUUGGCACGAUCAAGUGGAGUGGAUCCUUUCCAGUGAUGGCGGCUUUCGAAGCGCGCAUCAAGAACACAGUCCGUUUCCUGGUAGAGCCAGCGCAACGCACGAAAGUUAAUCUGGAAUUCUUUGUGGAAAAGGUGUUACAUGGACUAUUUGGUGCAGAUCAGACAAAAGUGUUCUGUCUACAGGACUUCCAAUGGCAGGGGAUAUACGACGUCACGUUCUUUGUUGAAAGUGAGUGCUUACAGAUUUUCGAAAAAGGAAAGAGACUAAUGGGUAACCCAGAAAUGGAAGGAAUUUUAAUGGUGCCAAGCUUUCAAAUGGAGGAAAAACCCCUUCUGCUACAUAUGUUUAAUCCAUUUGCAGACUAUACUGAAGUAGUGGCUUUCCUCAAGCGAUAUUGUUCGUCUGUAAGAGGGGGCACAAGACAAUUCAAUCGCUUUGACUAUUUCAAUGGCAAAUACAAAUUUUGGGUGAGACUGAAGGUGGACCCAGAAGGAAUUGGGGGGGUGCAACACCCUCCAGCAAACUUCUCUAUAGGUGGAAACAAGGGUUUUCUGUAUUACCCAGGACAGCCUGCCUACUGUAGAAUAUGCCUAAAGUUUGGGCACACAAAGGACGAGUGUGCCAACCAGCCCAGCUGCAGGAACUGUGGGGAGAGUGGACAUGAAGUCGGAAGGUGUUCUAAUCCCCGCAGGUGUGACAUGUGGUGA